UCCUCCAAUACAGUUUCAAAUUCAAAUAAUAGUCAUCCUAAUAAACCAGGUCCCAGUUCAGUAUCUAGAGUUUUAUUCAUUGACCCUCCUUCUGGAGAGGCUACCACAAAUCCAGCCCCUUCUGAACAGAAUGAAAAUUCCAGUGUUAUUCUGGAAGAUCAAAACAUUGAAAUCGGUGGAAGUGGCCCUAGAACAGAAUCUAAUUAUUUAGAUAAAUUUUUUUGUUAGAGAAGGGCUCUCGCAUAUUAACAAGGUCUGGUACCUCAAAGAAGGAAUUGAGCCCUAAGGAAUCAAUUAUCUAUAUAAAGUCCACCGGAAUGUUUGCUCAAGGCUAUCCAAAUUAAAAUCAAUUUUCAUUGUCGCUGGGGUUGACAAAUCAAACUAUUUCAAAUUUGUUGAAGGCUGCCAAAUAUCAAUUAGAUCUGUUAUGUCACUAUGGAGGGAUCUCAAGGAGAAGGACUUGAAAUAUCUUUGUUUGAGAAAUUUAAAUCAAGAUUCCCUGGAAAAUUUAUUUGGUCAAGUAAGACAGCAUGGUAUCUUCAAUUCAAAUCCCACCAGUCAUCAGUUGUUGCUGCCUUAAAAACAGUAAUUAUUAAUAAUUUCAGCACACCUUUUUCUAAAGGUAAUUGUGAAAUCGAUUUUUGUGAUACUUUGGUCGAUUUCAGUGACUUUUUGGAUAAAUAUGACCAAAGUAAUAAUACAGUGCUUGAUUUAAACCCUGAGAUUCUAAGUGGCUCUGACAUGGAAAUAAUGGACAGUUCUGUUGAAUGGAAUCCUUCAAAUGGUUAUGUGGCUGGGUACAUUUUGGACAGACUCAAAAUUGAUAGUAAUUGUGAAUCCUGUGCAAUGUUAUUUGCUGUGGUUGUCACUGAAAAACAUCUAUUUGAGACGUUUAAAGAGCAUGAUGAGGAAACACGAUUGAAGUAUGCAAUUGAAGAUUUAAUUAACCUGAUUGGUCUUUUGGAUAUAUGCAUUUUUAGAGCAGCAUGGUACAGAAGACCAACUGGAAGCUAAAUUUAAACAGAAGUAUUCCUGCAUCCUUCAAAAUUACAGCUUUCGUCAGCAGCAUGAUGUGGCAAACGGUAUAAUUGAAGAAACUGCUCGGUUGGGAAUUUACAAAUAUGUAAAGAGAAAUUCUUUGAAAAGGGGUGGUUAGACUACUAAUAGUCAUAUAUCAACAAAUAAGAAAUUCAAGACAGCUAAAGUCAGUUGCAGCAUCCUUGGGAGGGAGCAGUUGGACGAAGAAUAAUUAUUUAUUUUGUUACUCCCUCUAAUUUUAAAGCGAUGAGGAGCUUUUGGUUUUAGGUAUGAGGAAUGUCUUGUUCAUU